UGUAGAUUUGUCUUUUUCGGAUUCCAUUCUUUCGUUCUUUCGCAAAAUCACCAUUCUUAGUCCGAGCCCAUGGCUUAUACACCGGCACAUUCCGCGCCUAUCUGUCUACUUUCCAUUUCUCAUACGUAUGGGCCGUGAUCGGGUUGACCAAUAUCCUGUGCCUGUCUGAAAAGUCGACUCUACGAUCAGGCUCUCCUUCGGUUUACAUCCGCUUACUCCGCCGCAUCGACACAACCUCACCACCUGCCCAUUAGAGUAUACGGCCAUGGCGGGAACGAGCCGGUUUAGAUUCCUGGCUAUAGCCAUGGUAUUUCAUUUGAUUUAUAUAUACUCCAUCUUCGAUAUCUAUUUCGUCAGCCCCAUCGUUAGUGGGAUGCAACUGUUCCAGGUAGAGAGGCCUGUAGGAGUGAAAGCGCCGGCGGAUCGACUUGUUCUUUUUGUUGGUGAUGGAUUGCGCGCCGACAAGGCUUUCCAGUCGCAUCCCGAACCAUACCCAGAAACCGAAGCGGACAAUACCCCGAGACCACUCGCUCCUUACCUACGUUCCCGCGUAUUAGAACACGGCACAUUUGGCGUAUCUCAUACAAGAGUGCCUACAGAAUCUAGGCCUGGUCAUGUUGCGCUGAUUGCCGGGCUUUACGAAGAUGUUUCUGCUGUCGCAACUGGCUGGAAGCUCAACCCGGUGAAUUUCGACAGCGUCUUCAAUAGAAGUGCGCACACGUGGAGUUGGGGCAGCCCCGAUAUUCUUCCUAUGUUCCAACAUGGUGCAACUCCCGGCAGGAUAGAUGCAGAUUAUUACGACGCCGAGUUCGAAGACUUUUCUAAAGGUGCAGUGGAGCUAGAUCUCUACGUUUUCGAUCAUGUGAAAGAAUUAUUUGCAGCGGCGGAAAAGAAUAAAACUUUGAAUGAUGCUCUUAGACAGGACAAGAUUGUAUUCUUCCUACAUCUCCUAGGACUCGAUACUACUGGCCAUUCAUAUCGACCCUACUCGAAAGAAUAUCUCAAUAAUAUUAAAGUUGUCGAUAAAGGCGUUAAGGAAACAGUUGAACUGAUCCAGAAAUUCUAUAGUGACGAUAGGACUGCCUUCGUCUUCACAGCUGACCAUGGCAUGAGCGAUUGGGGAAGUCACGGAGAUGGCCACCCAGACAAUACCAGGACACCAUUAAUUGCAUGGGGAUCAGGUGUUGCAAAACCAUUGGUGUAUCCGGGCGCCGUCGCACCCGGCCACGAUGAAUAUUCUUCGGAUUGGAACCUGGAUCAAAUCAGGAGGAAUGACGUGCAGCAAGCCGAUGUUGCAGCCCUAAUGGCUUACUUAAUUGGCGUUGAGUAUCCAGCUAAUUCUGUGGGUGAGCUCCCGCUAUCAUAUCUCUCGGCCGAUAUCAAAGAGAAGGCCGAAGCGUCACUAGUAAAUGCUCAAGAGAUCCUCGAAAUGUACAAAGUGAAAGAGAAUAGCAAGAAAGAAAACGAAAUUAGAUACCGACCAUAUAAACCUUUAAGCGCGGAGAACGGUUCAUCCCCUGAGAGCCGAAUAUCAUAUAUCAAGGAGUUAAUCAACAAAGGAAAUUUCGAAGAGGCCAUCGAAGAAUCCGCGGCGCUGAUGAAAAUCGGACUCGAGGGGAUGCGUUACUUACAGACCUACGAUUGGCUGUUCCUAAGGGCUCUCAUCACUAUUGGUUACAUUGGAUGGAUGGCGUACGCUCUUACAACCGUUCUAGAUCUGCAUGUAUUGCAAGGGACGACAGUGGCUUCGAGAACUCUUGGUAGUACCGUAGUUUUCACCUCUGUCCUCAUCGCACUUUACUCGUCCUUCAUCAUAGUUCAUUCGCCCAUUACGUACUAUGCAUACGCUUUCUUUCCCGUAUUCUUCUGGGAAGAAGUUUACGCUCGCCGAGAUAGUUUGGUCAAGGGACGACAGGUAUUGUUUGGACAUAUUAAGACUGGGCCUAAUGUGCUUACUCUCCUGAUCAACAUCGUCACUUACGUUGGAAUUCUCGAGUCUCUGGCACUGGGAUAUAUCCAUCGGGAAAUCUUUACCGCCUUAUUUAUUGUCGGAUCACUCUAUCCAUUAACCUUGGGGAUCUCUUUCCUUCAAAAACAUGCUGCUAUAUCUGCAACCUGGUUCAUAGUAAGCCUGCUAAUGAGCAUUUUUACUCUGCUUCCAGCAAACAAGACUGAGAACGUUCCACUCAUCAUGCUUGGUGGUUUAAUCAUGGUCAUAGUCGGUCUUUCAUUCUUGAUCUUUGAAGACAAACUCUUGGUCAAUUCCUCAAGUUCGACGAAAUCCACUACGGCUAAAACGAGAAACGAUAUCUCGAGGUCGUUGGUUGGUAUUCAAAUUGGACUCAUCCUCUUGACUAUGAUUUUAACCCGGGACAGCGCUCUAUCGCUACAAGCGAGGCAGGGUCUUCCGCGUGGGAAUCAAGUUGUUUCAUGGCUAGUGCUAAUUAUAUCUUUUAUGAUGCCGCUUGCUCAUCGACUUCAACCCAAUAACCACUACCUUCAUAGGCUUCUAGUCGUGUUCCUAACAUGUGCACCCACCUUCGUUAUCCUCACGAUAUCCUACGAAGGCUUGUUCUACUCUGCUUUCAACUUAUUGCUAGUCACCUGGGUAAGACUAGAGCACCAUGGAUACGAAUUCCUGCAAGCAACCAAAAGAGAAUCUGCGGAAGAGAAAAGCAAUGCCAAAGCAGCCACAGAACCGGCUGUGUCUAAGUUCCGACCACUAGCGCUGUCGGAUGCUCGCGUGGCGUUAUUCUUUUUCGUCCUGCUCCAAUCAGCCUUCUUCAGCACCGGAAACGUCGCAUCACUCUCCUCAUUCAGCUUGGAGAGCGUAUGCCGCCUCUUCCCAAUGUUCGAUCCAUUCAGCCAGGGGGCGCUCCUAAUCUUAAAAAUUAUGAUCCCAUUCGCCCUCAUAUCGGCCAACCUAGGCAUACUUAAUCAGAUGAUAGGCGUGGCGCCAUCAGCCCUCUUCAUGGUUGUAAUGGCGCUAAGCGACAUAUUAACGCUCCACUUCUUUUGGGUGGUGAAAGAUGAGGGCUCCUGGCUCGAGAUCGGGUCUACGAUCAGUCAUUUCUCCAUAGCUAGUCUUCUGUGCGUUUUCGUCGCUGCCCUCGAAGGCGUGAGCGCGUUGUUCAUUGCCGGUGUCGAGGUUAAUAAUUCACCCGAGCCGGCGGCUGCUAAACCUGUAGCGAACGGAAAGACACCAGCGAAGACGCCAGAAGUACCAGUCGAAAUGACUAAUGGGGACGUGAAACAUGAAGAUUCGUCGCCCGUCGAAGAUGAGAAAUAGGUGCAAUGAUUUAUGCGAGGCUUGCUGCCUACACCCAUAGAUGAAAAAUAGGAAUAAAAAAAUUUGUAUAUGCUGA